CAACAAAAUUAUCAUGGAAACAGAUGGUUUUGGCGACAUCACAGUGAACCCCAGAGGGGGGGUUCCUGGCGUAAUUGUGCCUCUUAACCUGAAGGGAGGGCCUUCCCGCAGAUUGGUGAAUUGCACCAACAUGGCUAUUGACAAAUACAAUGCUGAAAACGAUGCAAAUCUGAAACUUGAGGCUAUUGAGAAGGCAAACCUUGGAUAUGGUUCUGGCUUUGUAUAUUACAUAACAUUCAGAGCUAGAGACACAUGUACUGCAAAGGUUAAUCUAUAUCAAGCCAGAGCUUUUCACCACAUCAAUGGGCGUGAUCAUUUCGUGAGGCUUGUUAGGUUGGCACCUGAACAGAUGGAAGGGUUAAGCACGUGAUAUGUUGUUGUCGAGGACACACUGUUGUAUUAUUUAUUACAACGGUUAAGGAGUAUCUCUUUGUGUUGUGCAUUUAAAAUGCUUGUUGUGUGUCCUUUGUUCAUAGCAGUUUCAUUUUACAUGGUAUUAGCAGGCUACCUAUUAUUUAUGUGUUUGUCAGUUUGUAAUGGCUCCCUGCCGCCUAUGAAAUUGCAUUGUUGUAAUCGCUAAAAGAAAGGACAACUUUCAUUUUACUUAAAUCAUCCACCCUCCUAGUUGACUACAGUGUUUUGCUGCUGAUUUUGAUUGCUUGAAAUCCUAGCAGUUUGAUUGAUAUUGUGAUCUAUCAUAGUUUGCAAGGUUUACAUAUAUAUAAACUGCAAUGAAAAAACUACUUUUUUC